GGGAUAUCUUGGGCCUGCGGAAUUCCUGUCUCCGCCACCUCUCUACCCGCUCAAUUCCCUACUCUUCGCGUCUCUGUCGGUCUGCACCUCCCCUGGUGGGAAAGCGAGUGUCUCGCGAUUCACUAUCGAUGCGUUGAAUCCUAUUGUUCUCGACUUAUCUGUCUCUGGAGAUUCUGUCAACUACAUGACUCUCCGGUAAACGCUAGAGCAGGUGUCAAGGAUGGUCGUUACUUGUCGCGGCCGGUCUAUAUCAGGCUCGUAGCCAUCCAAUAUGUCGCGCUCGUCAGCGGGCUUCGCGGAUUUCUUCCCCACCGCGCCCUCCGUUCUCCAGCAGAAACGGUUCAAAGCCUCCCAGGAACGGCAGCGGGCCAAACCAAAACUUGAUACGGACACAACCGCGAAACCACUAUCCGAUCUGGCGGAUAGCUCCCAUGGAGGGGUUAUGAGCACAUCAACCAACGAGACAAAGGCUGACGGCGAACUGGGAAUACCAGAUCAAGAGUCUAAUGUGACACCUGGUCUUGUCGGCACUGAGCCCGCCUGCUCGACCGGCGGAGGUUCGUCUGGCUCAAGUUCGUCAUUUUCUCAGGCCGGCACAGGAAUUGCCAAUGGGCCCCCGUCCUAUACCCUAACGCCUCUAACAAACGCGGAGUCAUCACCUCCAUGCAAAAUCUCCAGUCCUUCCCAGUCGAAACCAGCAUCUCAAACCGGUUUAGCCGAAGAGGCUCUCCGAAAAGGCACAUCGGCAGACGACAAACGUGCUAUUACCCCUCUUCGCACCCCUCCGACGCCGCAAUCGCAGGCAAGGGUACUUGGAAAUAACGUCAUUAAAGGCUAUAAAGUGGCAUAUGAUCCUGACCUCGAUAGGAAGUCAUCAAAAGAGAAACGCAAGAAGGUUCAGUAUGUGGAUAUCAUUGCUUCAGUCGAUGAGACAGCACCAUCCGACCCGCGCCUUGCAAUUGCAAACUACACUCGAGGCGCCGGCGGCAAGCAAAAAACUAAAUAUCGCCCGGCGCCUUAUGUAUUGCGGCAGUGGCCUUAUGAUGCUGCUACGUCUAUAGGACCGGGGCCGCCAACCCAGAUUGUCGUUACCGGUUUCGACCCACUAACUCCCAUUGCUCCAAUCAAUGCCCUUUUCUCGAGCUUUGGGGAGAUCGCGGAGAUCGACAACCGGACUGAUCCCAUAACGGGAAGAUUCCUCGGGAUCUGUUCCAUCAAAUACAAAGAUGCCAGGAGUUUCCGCGGCGGCGGUCCCGUCCCUGCCGCUGCUGCGGCCAGACGGGCUUAUUACGAAUGUAAACGUGAGCAGCGCAUCGGGACACGGAAGAUCAGAGUCGACUUGGACCGUGAUGGCAUUCUCACCGCUAAGCUGGUUUCUAGAGCUGUCGAAGCUCAGAGGCCGGACGGGAAGGCAGGAGUGCCUUUUGCGGAAGAGAAGAAGAACGAGCAACAAACGAAAAAGAACGAGCCCCCUCCGACUGCGCCGAAAGGCCCCUCUGGAAGAUCCUCUAUGCGACCUGCUAUCGCACCGCCCGAGGGGCCCAGAGCUGCGAUGAAGCCUGCGAUACCGUCUUUGGUCGAGGAAACCCCGAUCUUGAGCCAAAUCAAGCGCGACCCCUAUAUCUUCAUUGCACAUUGCUAUGUUCCUGUUCUAAGUACUACCGUACCUCACUUGAAAAAGAGACUAAAAAUGUUCGAGUGGAAGGCAAUCAGAUGUGACAAAACUGGUUACUAUGUCAUUUUCGAUAACUCUCGGCGCGGGGAGGAGGAAACAGAGCGCUGUUACAAGAUGUGUCAUAUGUCCGCUCUCUUUACAUACGUUAUGAACAUGGAGAGCCAACCGUACGGAAAUCCAAACUACGAACGCAGUCCCAGUCCUGAAAGAGUGGAAGCUGAACGCCGUGAGAAAGCUGAAAAAGAGAGACUGGAGAGGGAGGCGCAACUUGAUAUUGAAGAAGAAAAGAAACAGAGGGCAGCGGAUCUGGAUCCUGCGCGAGAAGUACUACGCGUCGUUCUGUGUGAACUCAAGGACAAGCUGUUGGAAGACGUUAAGUCUCGCAUAGCUGCACCAGCCUUGUACGAUUAUCUCGACCCAGAAAUGCAUGCGGCGAGAAGGCAGAAACUGGGUAUUCCCGAACCUGAAGGCAAUAUGCGACCUGCUUUUCGGAUCAGUAUCAACGGCGACACUCCGUCGGGAACCCCCGAUCCCCAAGCUGAAGUGUCAGCAAGUGGGCGUCGGCCUUUGGGCUCAUCCAACUUAAAUGUCCUUGCGCUUCCCAGAAUACGGAAAGCCAGCGGCUUGGGUCGGGCAAAUAUAGCUUUUGUUGACGAAAGACGCAAGCGGCCGAUUCGCAGGAAGGAAAUCCGACCCCUGUACCAUCGUCUGCAGCAGCUCCACGACGACGAAGAUUCAGACGAGGAACCGAAUACGCCGUUGCUCAGGGAUACAGAAGAACUCGAAAGCAGGCCUCCUAGCCGAAUGAGUCUUGAUUCUUCAGAGUCGGAAAAUGAAGAUCAAGAGACCAAUCGUGAAUCGUCGACAGUCGGAGAUCUCGGAAACGAUGAUCCUAGUCUAUCCGGCUUAGAAGGCAAUGAAACAGUUGAUGGAGAGACUACCACUGAGAAAUUGCAGCCCAAUAUCCGUGAACUGUCACCUUCCUCGCGAAAAAGAAAGCGGCUCAGCAAAGAACUCAAAGCGCGCAAGAGGCAGAAGGAGGAUGAUGACUUGUUUGGUCUCAGUAGCUCUGUCGAAGAGACGGCAGAUGAACUGUCGACAAAACCUCUGGAAUCCGAAGCACCAUUGCCCGCAGAGACGGAAGAUCCAGAAGGCCCUACGGAAGCACAGGCUAAAGUCACAAAGACCAAGGCCAAGAAAAAGUCUAAGAAACAGAUUUCCGAGGAAACAGCAGCGUUGGCGACCGAGGUUCUUGAACCACAGCCCGCGCUCGAGAAACCAGAGGAGGCACCGGAGAAGACAGAGUCGGAUGAUGCAGAGGUUGCGGAGCUUAUAUCUGACGAUAGGGCGGAGAUUAAAUGGGGAGUCUCGAAUGACAUGCCACGUCCGACCGUGGAAGAUGACGAGGAUAUCAUCUUAGAUCUCGAUGGGUGGCAGAAUAUCAUAAAGGAUGAAGAAGAUUUACGCUUCCUCAGAGAAAUCCUGGCGGAUCAGCCAGCUGUCGUGGUCGGGAACCUAGCAGCUUGGGCGUGGAGACAGAAGGAGAUCAAGGCUUUGAAUCGGCCGCAUGAGAAGGGUCCUGUGCAUGAGCAAACGACUAUUAAUGGCUAUUAUGUGCCGAACUGCACUGGCGCCGCUCGUACAGAGGGCAGGAAGAGGAUAUUGGAGUCGGAGAAAUCCAAAUAUCUGCCUCAUCGGAUCAAGGUCCAAAAAGCACGUGAGGAAAGAGAGGCGAAAGCGAAGAAUGAUCCUCAGGCUGCUGCUGCUGAAGCCGCAAGGAUUGCUGCCGCAAAGACGAUCUCCAAAUCCACAUCAAGAUCAACGCGUGUGAACAACCGCCGCCUCAUUGCCGAUAUCAAUGCUCAAAAGCAGGCUCUUCCUACCCAAAGUGGAGAAGGAGAUGUUCUUCGAUUCAAUCAACUGAAGAAGCGGAAGAAACCCGUGCGAUUCGCUCGAUCUGCAAUCCACAACUGGGGUUUGUACGCCGAAGAGAACAUUUCCGCCAACGAUAUGAUUAUCGAGUACGUGGGAGAGAAAGUCAGACAGCAGGUGGCGGACAUGAGAGAACGGAGAUAUCUCAAGAGCGGAAUUGGUAGUAGCUACCUCUUCCGAAUCGACGAGAACACCGUCAUCGAUGCCACGAAACGCGGAGGUAUAGCAAGGUUCAUCAACCACAGCUGCACGCCUAACUGCACUGCAAAGAUCAUUAAAGUCGACGGUAGCAAGCGAAUCGUUAUAUAUGCAUUAAGGGAUAUUGAAAGAGACGAGGAGCUCACUUAUGACUACAAAUUCGAGAGAGAAUGGGAUAGUGACGACAGGAUCCCAUGUCUCUGUGGCUCUUCUGGUUGUAAGGGCUUCCUUAACUAGGAAAAGUGUCGGCGUAUGUGGUCCUUUCAGUGCAGGCACAAGGUGGAAUUGCAUUCCAAGGCGUUUCAAAGUCCGGACAUCUUCUUGCGGUCAGCAUUCAGUCAAUGGAGCAAACACAGACUCGAUUGUACACUGCUUGCAAUUUUGUGUUGUUAGAAUCACAGGGUCUUCUUCAGCAACCCUAGCUGAAGACGUGUACAUUAUAUGAAAGGAAAAAUUUAAUCUUAUGUAGUGAUCUGCUGCGGUGGUCUCAUUUCCAGCCUGGUGUCUGUUGGAUCAUCAAUUGAUGAUCACGACUCCUGUAGGCUACCUUGCAGUGGGUAUAUAAAUAAUACAAAAGCAAUCCUAAUACGCUUUUUUUUAAGCCCAGAUCUCGCUUUCCUUUUCAACGU